AUGGCGGCUCAGAACGACACGGCAGCGCCCAUUGGCGAGACGGGGGAUGCUGCUGCUGCUGCUGCUGCUGCGGUGCCUCAAGUCAGCAAUGAGUCCAAGGUAGAAGCCAUCUCCAACGCCCAAGGAGAGCCAGGCAAACUCAGAAAGUUCAUCUCGGGAUUCUUCACCUACUUCCAGCUUCUCGUCUACGCGGACCCAACAUGGGUUGACAUUGUCCUGCUCGUCAUCGGCGCCAUCUCUGCAGCGGCAGCAGGAGUCCCCUUUCCUCUCAUGGGAAUCCUCUUCGGUCAGCUGGUCGACGACCUCAACACCGCAAGCUGUGAUGCCAAGGAUACCACCGCCGCCGACGCCGCACGAAUCCAAGACUCCGUCGACAGCAAGGUGCUGGAGCUCACGUAUAUCGGCAUUGCCAGCUUUGCCCUGAUAUACAUAUACAUCGUCUGCUGGAGCAUCUUCAGCCGUCGACUGGAAGCCCGCAUCCGAGACCGCUACUUCCAGGCUUUGCUGCGACAAGAUGCCACCUUCUACGACCAACGCCAGGCCGGAGAGCUUUCAUCGCGUCUCAAUGCAGACGUCCAGGCCGUCCAGUCGGGAACGUCCGAAAAGGUCGGCAUCUGCAUCGCCUGCACGUCCUUUUUCUUGACGGCAUAUAUUGUCGCCUUCAUCAAGAACUGGCGCCUUGCGGCCAUGCUGCUAUCCCUUAUCCCGGCCUUCUUCCUCAUGGCAGGCUUGGGAAGCAAGUUCUCGGGCAAGUACACCACUGCCGUUUCCGAUGCCAUCGGCUCCGCCUCCUCCAUCGCUCAGGAGACACUGUCCAACAUUGCCGUUGUCCAGGCUUUUGGUGCCGGCGCGCGCCUCGAGGCCAAGUUCUCCUCUCAUAUGAUGACUGCUCAGAGAAAGGGCAUCAAAAAGGCAUUUGCUGCGGCGGUCCAGGCCGGCACUCUCUACUUCAUCGCCUAUGCCGCCAACGCCUUGUCCUUCUGGCAAGGAAGCCAUCAGAUUGUCAGGACCAUUGCCGAUCCCAGCGGAGUGUCCGUGGGACAGAUCUACACUGUCAUCUUCCUCCUUGUCGACGCUUGUGUCAUCAUCGGCUCCAUUGCACCUCUUUUGCCUCUGCUCGGGGGUGCAUCCACAGCUUUCAAGAAGCUACGACAAGAUAUCGAGACCCCAGCCAUCAUCAACUCUGGGUCCGAUGCUGGCGUCAAACUGCCAGACUCUGCCGCCGCCUCGAUCUCAUUCCGCAACGUCACCUUCGCCUACGCCUCCCGGCCGGACCAACCUGUGCUCAAGAAUGUCUCAUUCGAGUGUCCUGCAGGCAAGUUCACAUCCAUUGUUGGCUUGUCGGGCAGCGGCAAGUCCACCGUGGCUGGCUUGGCAACGAGGAUCUACGACCCCCAAGAUGGACAAGUGUUGCUCGACGGCCACGAUCUGAGGGACCUGAACGUGAAGAACCUGAGAAGCUUCAUCAGCCUUGUUCAGCAGGAGCCGUCGCUGUUGGAUCGGUCAAUCCUGGAGAACAUUGCACUGGGACUCUUCAACUCGCCUUGGGAGAAGCAUCAGAAGUUCCAAUCCAUCAUUCUGGGCCAGGGACUUGCUGACGUGGCAGCCAAGGAACACGGGCAGGACAUGGCUGAGCUCGUGGAAAUGGUCCGUCAUGCCGCCUCACUGGCCGAUGCCUCCGGCUUCAUCGACAGACUAGAGAGCGGAUAUGGAACCGUCGUUGGUACCGCAGGAAAGCUCGUCAGCGGAGGCCAGAGGCAGCGGCUCGCGUUUGCUCGCGCGUUGAUUCGAGACCCCAAGAUCCUCAUCCUCGACGAAGCAACGGCAUCCCUGGAUUCAGCCAGUGAGCGGCGUAUCCAGGCCGCAGUCGAGUCCAUCUCCAAGGGCCGCACCAUCAUCGCCAUUGCCCAUCGCCUGUCCACCAUCCGCAACGCCGACAACAUCAUUGUGAUGAACAAUGGCGAAGUCAUCGAGCAAGGCACCCACCUGGAGCUCAUGGCCCUGGAUGGUUCGUAUGCCGGCAUGGUUCGUUUACAGAAUCUGGCGUCUCAGGAACAGGAUGACACGCCAUCCAUGUCUAGCACGUCCAAGGGCGACGCAGAGCUUGCGCUCUCGGAAAAGGAUGCGGUUGUUGAUGACGUUGUACCAAUGUCCAAGGAGGAGUCUGCGGUCUCGACUUCGCCAGAUCAGCAGGAAUCCAGUCCGGAGGCUGCCGCAGCAGAGGGCAAAGAUCUCGAGGGCAAUCAGUCAACCUGGAACAUCGUCAAGAGCCUUGGCCUCAUGCUUCGACCGCAUCUGCUGAUGCUCCUCCUGGCCGUCUUCUCUGCCGUCAUUGUCGGUGGCACAUUCUCUUCGGCAGGCGUCAUCUUUGGCAAUACUGUCUCGAACGUGAGCCCCUGCAACUCAACCCACCAUAUCCUGUGGGCAGGCAAGUUCUUCGGCGGCCUCUUCUUCAUGCUGGCCGUGGUGGAAUUGUUUGCCUAUACGGGAAGCUGGUUCGGCUUUGGCUACAUUUCCGAGAAGCUCCUCUACAAGCUACGCGUCCUCACCUUCCGCUCACUGUACGAACAGGAACUGGACUGGCAUCAGUCAGAAGGCCGUUCACCAGCCUCGUUGCUCUCCAUCAUCACUGCAGAUGCUGCUGCUGUCGGCGGGUUCAGCGGGUCCAUCGUUGGCACCAUGUUCUCCAUCGUCGUCAACUUCCUGAUCGCCAUUAUCCUUUCCCACAUCAUUGCGUGGAAGAUUGCCAUUGUGUGCUUGGUCACGGUCCCCAUACUCCUGGGCUCCGGCAUCAUGCAGGUGCGCUCCUUGUCACGCUUCGAGCGCAAGCAUGCGGGAGCAUUCUCCACUGCCCUGGGCAUUACCGUCGAGGCUGUGACUUCCUUCAAGACGGUUUCCUCGUUGUCCUUGGAAGAUGAAAUCCUGAAUACGUAUCGUCGAGCCCUCAAGGCUCCGCAGAGAGAGACGGCCCUGGCCAGCGUCUACACCAACUUCUGGCUUGCCAUCGCCAACAGCAUCGGCAACCUCAUCUACGCUUUUGCGUACUGGUGGGGCUCGACAAGAAUCACAAAGGGCGAGUAUAGCCAGGCUCAAUUCCUCAUUAUCCUCAUGGCCAUGCUUGUGAGCGCCCAGCUGUGGGGACAAAUGUUCACGUUGGCUCCCGAGGUCUCGCGAGCCAAGGCGGCAGCCUCCAGAAUCCUGAACCUCAUCAACCUUGGGUCUUCGAAGCGUAUUGGUGCCAAGUACACCGAGCUUGCCAUCUCCUCACGUGGAGAGAAGGACGUUGAGGCUACACCCGACGCAGGCUCCAGUCGCGUGCUCAACCCCAACCGCGGUGGCGCCACGGUCACCUUCCGGGAUGUGUCGUUUGCAUAUCCUGCUCGGCCACACAUCUCGAUCCUGAAGAACAUGUCAUUCACGAUACCAGCUGGCCAGUUUUGCGGUCUCGUGGGCCCGUCGGGAGCUGGCAAGUCCACAAUCAUGUCACUUGUUCAGAGGAUGUAUCGCCCAGCUGGUGGAGUCGUCGAGAUCGACGGGGUCGACAUCUGCGCCCGCGAGGGUGUGGACUUCCGCCAUGACAUUGCCGUGGUUCCCCAGGACUGUGCCCUAUUCGACGGGACCGUCAAGUUCAACGUGGGACUCGGCGCUGUGCCAGGCCACGAGGCGACCGACGCGGAGAUUGAAGAAGCUUGCAAGCUCGCCAACAUCCACGACACCAUCAUGUCACUUCCCGAGGGCUAUGAGACGGAAUGCGGUCCCAACGGGUCCCGAUUGUCCGGAGGCCAGCGCCAAAGACUGGCCAUUGCAAGGGCCCUAGUCCGAAAGCCACGGCUGUUGCUGCUCGACGAAAGCACCAGUGCCCUCGACGCAGAAAGCGAAAAGGCACUGCAGAAGGGCCUGGAGCAGGCGGCGAGGGGCAUCACCGUGAUUGCCAUCACCCACAGGCUGCACACCGUCCGCAAAGCCGACGUGAUCUUUGUCGUCGAGGGCGGCCAAGUGGUCGACAAGGGACGUCACGAGGAGCUUGUGGAGAGGAGCGAGUCGUAUCGGAUCAAUGCCCUGCAGCAGAUGUUAGGAUAG